AUGCUAGCAUAUCUCAUAUUUGCAUACGAAAUUAUUUCCAUUUCCUCUUUUUCCAGUUUGAUUGAGCAACGAGAUCGUGACCGCCUUUUGGAUAUAGUAUUAGGUGCCUGUAAGAAUUAUUUGCGUUUCAAUUUGGAAUCCGCUUUUGCUGAACGUAUGGAGGAUAUGUCAGCAAAAUUGACGGAUAACGAUUUAAGAAAUUUAUUCUAUGGUAAUUACAUCGAACCAGAUGCAAAUCCUCGCAUAUAUGAUGAAGUUGAAAACUACAAUAAAUUGGAGAAGCUAAUGACGUACUAUUUGCAUGAGUAUAAUGACUUUUCAAGCACACCAAUGGAUUUAGUACUCUUCCGUUUUGCUAUUGAACACAUAUCAAGAGUGUCUCGUGUUUUGCAAAUGCCGCGUGGUAAUAUUUUGAUGGUUGGUAUGGGUGGUUCUGGUAGGCGCAGUUCCUGUAGACUUGCUUCAAGUAUUGCUGAGUGCAAAUUAAUGACUGUACAAGUCACAAAAACUUAUACGCAACAAGACUGGAGAGAUGACUUAAAGAAAAUUUUAAUGACUUCUAGUUUCAAUCGAAAUCAUACUGUUUUUCUAUUUUCGGAUGCACAGGCAAUUGAUGAAGGUUUCAUUGAAGAUAUCAAUGGUAUAUUAAAUACAGGUGAUCUACCUAAUCUAUAUCAACUUGAAGAUAAAGCAUCAAUAAUGGAAAAUAUGCAAACUAUAUCCAAACAACAGGGUAAAGUUAUUGAUACUGCACCGAGUGAAGUGUACGCAUACUUCAUUGAAAGGAUACGUGAGCAAUUGCAUGUGGCAUUGGCCUUUUCACCAAUUGGUGAAUCCUUCAAGGAACGUUUAAGAAUGUAUCCAUCACUGAUAAACUGUUGCACGAUUGAUUGGUAUAUGCCAUGGCCACCAGAUGCUUUAGAACGAGUUGCUGAACAUUUUGUUUCCUCACUGAAGCUAGGUCAGGAAAUGGAAGCUGAUGAUGAAGAGGAUGCCGAAAGAGCAUCAACCAAAACUACAGACCACGAAGAACAAGUUCAAGAAGUUGUUGAAUUAAGUGAUCUUGAAAAACAUUUAGUUAAGGCAGUGAUAAUUUUUAAUCAAUCAGUAUGCGAUGCUAGCGAAAAAUGUUACAUUGAAUUAGGACGUCGAAAUUAUGUAACGCCGGCUUCCUAUCUUGAAAUGCUCAAAGCAUUCAAAAUCUUUUAUAAACGCAAAUUACAUGAAACCACUAAACUAAGAGAUCGAUACACAACUGGUUUGGAAAAGUUAGACUUUGCUGCUGGUCAAGUUGGUGAGAUGCAAGAGAAUUUGUUUGAAUUACAGCCAAAACUGAAAGUACUCUCUGAGGAAACUGAACGCAUAAUGGUGAGAAUUGAGAGAGAUACAGCUGAAGCUGAGAAGAAAAAAGAAGUAGUUGGCGCUGAUGAAUCAGCUGCUAAUGAUGCGGCUGCCGCAGCGCAAGCAAUUAAGGAUGACUGUGAAAGCGACUUACAGGAAGCUAUUCCAGCACUUGAAGCAGCAAUGGAAGCUUUAAAUACUGUUAAACCAGCCGAUAUUGGUAUUGUCAAAUCAAUGAAAAAUCCACCGUACAGUGUAAAAUUGGUACUGGAAGCGGUGUGUGUGUUGAAAGGCAUUAAACCUGAUCGCAAACCAGAUGCUACGGGUAAAAUGGUUGAAGAUUAUUGGCCUGCUUCACUGCGUAUGUUAAGCGAUAUGAAAUUUUUAGAAUCAUUAAAAUCUUUUGAUAAAGAUAACAUACCGGGACCAAUUAUGAAAAGAAUACGAGAAAAAUAUAUUGCUGAUCGUGAUUUUGUGCCAGAAAAAAUUAGGACUGCUUCAUCUGCUUGUGAAGGUAUUUGCCACUGGGUACGAGCUAUGGAUGUCUAUGACAAGGUAAUUAAAAUUGUUACUCCUAAAAAGGAGGCUUUAGCUGAAGCUGAAUCAGAGUUAGCAGUUCAAAUGGAAACUUUGAAUGCAAAACGUGCUGAAUUACAAGAAAUUUUGGAUAAAUUACAAAAAUUGAAUGACCAUUUUGCGGAGAAAUCACGUGAAAAGAAACGUCUAGAAGAUGAUAUUGAUACAUGUGAAAAAAAACUAAACAGAGCUGAAAAACUGCUUGGUGGCUUGGGUGGUGAAAAAACCCGCUGGUCUGAAGCAGCUCAUAAUUUACACGAAUCCAUACAUAAUAUCGUUGGAGAUGUAUUGCUUGCAGGAGGUUGUGUAGCAUAUUUAGGAUUUUUCCCAACAGAAUAUCGUGUCUAUAUCGUAGAGGACUGGAAUGAGUUACUACUAAAGUUCAAUAUACCAUGUUCAACAAAAUUUUCAUUGGCAUCUACACUGGGCAAUCCAAUGCAAAUACGUGCCUGGUCAUUGGCUGGUUUGCCGGCAGAUAAUUUUUCUGUUGAGAAUGGUAUCAUUGUAACGAAUUCAAAUCGUUAUUCACUGAUGAUAGAUCCACAGGUUCAAGCCAACAAGUGGAUAAAGAAUAUGGAAAAAAAGAAUGACCUAAAAGUGAUCAAGCAGACCGAUUCCAACUAUAUGCAAGUACUCGAAUUGGCUAUUACGUAUGGUAAUCCGGUGUUGAUUGAGAAUGUUGGUCAACGUUUGGAUUCAAAUUUAACACCAAUUCUUGAAAAGAAUAUUAUUAAACAUAAAGGUGGCUUCUUUAUUAAAUCCGGUGAUACUAUGAUAGAAUACAAUCCAGAUUUUCGGCUUUACAUUACAACUUGUCUACGUAAUCCACAUUAUCCGCCUGAAAUCAUGGUUAUGGUAACGGUAAUAAAUUUCAUGAUAACGGAACAAGGUUUGCGCGAACAAUUGUUAGCCAAUGUUGUGGCACGCGAACGUCCUGAUUUGCAAGCCAAAAAGGAGCAACUGAUUAUUGAGUCUGCAAGGAAUCGAGAUGCUUUAUAUACAAUCGAAUCGCAAAUUCUAGAGGUCUUAUCUAAAUCUGAGGGCAAUGUGCUGGAAGAUGAAAAUGCUAUCAAUAUAUUGUCAUCGAGUAAAAUACUUUCUGAGGAAAUACAAGAGAAGCAAGUAAUAGCCGUUACCACCGAAGCAGAAAUUGAUGCUGCACGUCAACAGUACAUACCAGUGGCAAAGCAUUCUGCCAUUCUGUUCUUCUGCAUCAGUGAAAUGGCGAACAUCGAUCCAAUGUAUCAAUAUUCGCUUGGUUGGUUCCUGAAUUUGUUUUUAACAGCAAUUGCCAAGGCGGCUAAAUCCAACGUACUAUCCGAACGUUUGAAUAAUUUAAAUAAUUACUUCACCAAAUCAAUUUAUCAAAAUGUUUGCCGUUCGCUAUUUGAAAAACAUAAGUUGGUCAUUUCGUUGGUAAUGUGUUUAGGAAUUAUGGUGUCUGUCGAAAGAGUGAAUAAAGCGCAUUUAUUAUUCUUCUUAACUGGAGGCGUUGGCUUGGGAAGCCUUCCCCCUAAUCCAGCUUCAAGUUGGCUUCCCGAAAAAUCAUGGGCACAAGUAGCACGCGCUAGCGAUUUACCGGGUUUGAUUGAGCAACGAGAUCGUGACCGCCUUUUGGAUAUAGUAUUAGGUGCCUGUAAGAAUUAUUUGCGUUUCAAUUUGGAAUCCGCUUUUGCUGAACGUAUGGAGGAUAUGUCAGCAAAAUUGACGGAUAACGAUUUAAGAAAUUUAUUCUAUGGUAAUUACAUCGAACCAGAUGCAAAUCCUCGCAUAUAUGAUGAAGUUGAAAACUACAAUAAAUUGGAGAAGCUAAUGACGUACUAUUUGCAUGAGUAUAAUGACUUUUCAAGCACACCAAUGGAUUUAGUACUCUUCCGUUUUGCUAUUGAACACAUAUCAAGAGUGUCUCGUGUUUUGCAAAUGCCGCGUGGUAAUAUUUUGAUGGUUGGUAUGGGUGGUUCUGGUAGGCGCAGUUCCUGUAGACUUGCUUCAAGUAUUGCUGAGUGCAAAUUAAUGACUGUACAAGUCACAAAAACUUAUACGCAACAAGACUGGAGAGAUGACUUAAAGAAAAUUUUAAUGACUUCUAGUUUCAAUCGAAAUCAUACUGUUUUUCUAUUUUCGGAUGCACAGGCAAUUGAUGAAGGUUUCAUUGAAGAUAUCAAUGGUAUAUUAAAUACAGGUGAUCUACCUAAUCUAUAUCAACUUGAAGAUAAAGCAUCAAUAAUGGAAAAUAUGCAAACUAUAUCCAAACAACAGGGUAAAGUUAUUGAUACUGCACCGAGUGAAGUGUACGCAUACUUCAUUGAAAGGAUACGUGAGCAAUUGCAUGUGGCAUUGGCCUUUUCACCAAUUGGUGAAUCCUUCAAGGAACGUUUAAGAAUGUAUCCAUCACUGAUAAACUGUUGCACGAUUGAUUGGUAUAUGCCAUGGCCACCAGAUGCUUUAGAACGAGUUGCUGAACAUUUUGUUUCCUCACUGAAGCUAGGUCAGGAAAUGGAAGCUGAUGAUGAAGAGGAUGCCGAAAGAGCAUCAACCAAAACUACAGACCACGAAGAACAAGUUCAAGAAGUUGUUGAAUUAAGUGAUCUUGAAAAACAUUUAGUUAAGGCAGUGAUAAUUUUUAAUCAAUCAGUAUGCGAUGCUAGCGAAAAGUAA